CCUUAGAGAAAAAUCAAACCAAGAUGAUGCAUACGAAAAUCAUUGGUGUUUUUGCAUUAGCAUUAUGUAUAACAAUGGUUGAUGCUAGGUUUAUCAGAGGGAGAGGAGUCGAGAAAUAUGUUACUUUCGGUCAGAACUAUGUUGUUAAAUGGGGUCAAGGUCAUAUUUCCACACUUCACUCUGGCAAACAAGUUGAUCUCUACAUGGAUCAGUCUUCAGGUGCCGGGUUCGAAUCCAAGAACAUUUACGGAUCAGGCCUCUUUCAAAUGAGAAUCAAAGUGCCCGGAGGAAAUUCUGGUGGCGUCGUCACCGCUUUUUAUUUGACUUCGUUGGGAAGUAAUCACGAUGAGAUUGACUUCGAGUUCUUAGGCAACAACGAUGGAAAACCCAUAACGUUACAGACAAAUAUCUUUGCGAAUGGAGAAGGAAACAGAGAACAGAGGUUCUUGCUUUGGUUUAACCCCAUCAAACAUUACCACACUUAUGGGAUUCUUUGGAACCCUUACCAAAUUGUGUUUUACGUUGACAACGUCCCAAUAAGAGUGUACAAGAACGAGAAAGGUGUUAACUAUCCAUCAAAGCCGAUGAAAGUAGAAGCCAGUCUCUGGAACGGUGACUCUUGGGCGACUGAUGGCGGUCGGACCAAGAUUAACUAUGCAUUCUCUCCUUUCAUCGCCCAUUUCCAAGACUUCUCCGGCCUCUCAGGCUGCUACGUAGAUGGUCUGAGUGAUAACGUUGCCACAUGUGGAUCUUCCAACUAUUGGUGGAAUGGAGGCAAAUAUCAAAGGCUAAGGGGAUACGAACAGAAAAUCUAUGAGCGUUUCAGAAAGAAGUACAUGAACUAUGACUAUUGCACUGAUCACUCUCAGUACCAAAGUCCUGAAUGUUAUUGAAAUUACAUAACGUUAAUUAUUAUAAAUGCCCAGGGAAAAAUAAAUAAAUAAGUCGCAAGGAAGAUAAAAUACAGAAGAGGUUAGAACGGUGGGGAACAAUAUCGAUAAUCGGCUAAUAGCUUCAAAAUUCUAUGACAAAAUGUUUUAUGUACAUGUCCACAAUAGACAAUAAAAUUUAUACAGAUUAUUACGUUUUAAAAAUUUAAAUUA